GAAAUAAUCCCUAUAAAAAGUCAACGGAGAAGUGAAUGUAUCUGAAACACAAUAAUGGGAGAAGUGAAGCUGAUUGGCACACACCAAAGCUUCCCAUGUGCAAGAAUAGAAUGGGGUCUGAAGAUAAAGGGCGUAGAAUAUGAGUACUUAAAAGAGGAUCUGUCUAAUAAGAGUGAUUUGCUUAUUGAGUCAAAUCCUGUUCACAAGAAAGUCCCUGUUCUUAUUCACAAGGGAAACCCAAUUGCUGAGUCACUUGUGAUUCUUGAGUACAUCGAUGAAACAUGGAAGGACAACAACGCCCACUCUUUGCUACCACAGAACCCUUAUGAGAGAGCACUCGCACGCUUCUGGGCUAAGUUUAUUGAUGAAAAGUGUGUGAUAAGUGUAUGGGGAGCAUGUGUGGCCCAAGAAGGAGAAGAGAAAGAGAAAGCUGUAGAAGGUGCCAUUGAGACACUUUCACAUCUUGAGAAGCAAAUCAAAGGGAAGAAGUUCUUUGGUGGAGAGAAGAUAGGGUACCUUGAUAUUGUAGCUGGUUGGUUAUCCUAUUGGCUAAGUGUUCUUGAAGAGCUUGGAGAGAUUGAACUUGUUAAUGCUGAGAGGUUCCCAUGUCUUCAUGAAUGGGGAAAGAAUUUCAUUAACACUUCACCUAUCAAAGAUUGCAUUCCACCCAGAGAAGAUGUGCUUGCUUAUUUCAGCUUUGGCAUCAAUUAUGUGCGUUCCAUGGCACCCAAUAAAGCAUGAUGCUAUAAAACUUUUGAAGAAAUAAUGCAUUGAUUUGAUCAAUAACAAUAGCUCGUAUGGUUUUGUUGAUAUUAUGUAUUGUAAUAGUAGUAAAAGUUGUAUGCUAUGAUGAUGGGUAGAUUAUUGUUCAAUUCCACCAAGGUGUGAUUCAGUGUUAUAUAUAAAAUUUGAGAGUUGGAUGGAGUAUGAUUUUAGAAGAAAUUGAAAUUAAA